AUGUUUUUCACAGUCAUCGUGGCAGCUGUCCUGUCAGUCUUGCUCGGCAUCCAGGUCUGCCACUCCGUACUGUCGCGGCGGGAAGAGAAACGACGACGCAAUCUAGAAGCAGCCCGUCGAGGAUGUAGUCCCGCGCCAAUAAUGCCCAGAAAAGGCAUUCUGGGUUUCGGCCGACUAUUCGAGGGCCUCAGAGCAACACACAACGACAGGGGGCCCCAGUACGUGAUUGAGGCCAUGGACGGCGAGAUGGGCAAGGACGUGCACACCGUCGUUGUGCCCAUCCACGACUACGAGCUCCUCGUCUCUCGUGACCCUCUCAAUAUUCAAGCUGUGCUCGUAACACAGGCUGCCGACUGGGAUCUCAGUGAGCACCGCACUGCCAGCUGGGAGCCCAUGGUUGGCCACGGCAUCUUUACAUCGCGUGGAGAGAGUUGGAAACAUUCGCGCGCACUUAUCCGACCGCAGUUUGCCACGGACCAAAUCAACGACUUCGACAUGUACGAGCGCCAUGCUCAGCAGUUAUUUGUCGCUAUCGACAGAUAUCGCUACGGGCCCGAGAAUCAAAGAUGGACGCGGGCCUUCGAUCUCCAACCGCUGUUCUACAAUCUCGCCCUCGAUGUCAUGACUGAGAUGCUCUACGGCUACUCCGUCCACUCCCAGAAUCCCUCUGAGCGUGUAGAGCUGCCCGUGAUCGCCGGUCACGAGCCUCCCGACCGCGAGAACAUCGGAAUGCAUAUGGAUGCUGGCAAAGCUUGGAUCGAAACACGCGGUGCUAUGUGGAAGUACCGAUGGCUGCUGCCAUCGCUGCAGUUCCAGAAGCACUGCGCUGCCAUCCACCAAUACGCCGGAUGGUUCGUGCAACUCAGGCUCCAGCAAGGCGAGAAAUAUUUGGACAAUCUCCAGCAACAAGGCGGACUGCCCAAUCGUGAUCGCUACGUCCUUCUUCAUGAGCUAGCCAAGGUAACCCAGGACCCCCUAGAGCUACGCAGCCAGACACUCAAUGUCCUGACGGCUGGCCGCGACACAACUGCUGCACUCCUCGGUUGGAUCGUCUACUUUCUUGCUCGCCAUCCCUCGGUCACGAAAAAGCUGCGGGGGGAGGUUCUCUACCUGCUUGGGCCGUAUGUCCCGGGACAGCCGAGUAGGAUCGAAUUCAGGCGGGUCCGCGACUCAAUGCCAUACAUGAACGCCGUCAUCAACGAGACCCUGCGCAUGGCGCCGGUCGUGCCCUUGAACGAUCGGAUUUCGCUCCGUGAUACCGUGUUGCCUCGCGGUGGCGGGCCCAAACGGGACCAGCCUGUGUUUGUCCCUGCGGGAACCCAGAUCCUAAUCCCGGUCUACGCCCUGGCGCAGCGACCGGACCUCUGGGGGCCCGAUGCUGACGUAUUCCGGCCCGAACGAUGGACGGAGGACGGUGGGCACAAAGCUGGGUUCGAGUACAUCCCCUUCGGAGGGGGAGGACGGCAGUGUCUCGGUCAACAACUCGCCAGGCUCAGAUCGGCUUAUAUAAUUAUCCGGCUCCUGCAGCGGUACGAUGACAUUGCGAAUGCAGAGAUGCCACCCGAUGCUGCCGUGAGGUUUCACCACACGAUUGAAAACAGGAGCGGUAGCGGUGUGCAGGUCAGGUUGCAUGUCUCGGACUGCGGUGUUACCAAGAGAGGAGUGGCGUCGGGUCCGGCUAACCGAGAAUAA